AAUUUGUGUUUAGGUUUCGCCUUGAGAGACACAUUUCAUCAGUAACCAGUAAACUCUUGGUUUCGUUUUCGAUGUUUGCAAACAGAGACCGCUCAGCUGAUCCACUCCCCAGAUCUGUAUUUAAGGUGUGCCCCUGCAGAUAUCUAUUUAAAAUGCGACAACACCCACAGUGCAAAGGCAGUAGAAGGUGUUAUACGUGUGGUUUUAAGAUGCAUUUAUCUUCAGUCUCUCCGAAACUGCUCCUGCAGCUCUGCAUCAGCGCCAUCCACAGCAUUUUUGCGAGCGUCUUUUCCAAAGUUUGUUAUUGGACAACGGGAGCCAGCAAAGGAAGCACCUCGGUCCUCUCAGCUGCUGCUGCUGCUGCUGCUGGCAGUGAAUUGAACCAGAGUAAAGAUCAAGAUGCAACGACUCCAACAAGUGUCAACUACCACUUUACGCGCAAAUGCAAUUACAAAUGUGGAUUUUGUUUCCACACUGCAAAAACAUCCUUCGUGCUGCCUCUGGAGGAAGCCAAACGGGGGCUGAAGCUUCUAAAGGAGUCAGGCAUGGAAAAGGUCAAUUUCUCUGGAGGCGAGCCCUUCCUGCACGAAAAGGGAGACUUUCUGGGGAAGAUGGUUCAGUUUUGCAAACAAGACCUGCAGCUGCCAAGUGUCAGCAUUGUGAGCAAUGGAAGCAUGAUUAAAGAAACGUGGUUCCAGAAAUAUGGUGAUUUUCUGGACAUCCUGGCCAUCUCUUGUGACAGCUUUGACGAGGCAACCAACCAGCUCAUUGGCAGAGCUCAGGGCAGGAAGAGCCACCUUGACAACCUCUACAAGAUCCGCAACUGGUGCCAGCAGUACAAAGUGGCGUUCAAGAUCAACUCGGUCAUCAACACCUUCAACAUCGAUGAGGACAUGACGGAGCAAAUCAUGGAGCUCAACCCUGUCCGCUGGAAGGUGUUCCAGUGUCUGUUGAUUGAUGGGGAGAAUGCAGGAGAGGCGGCCCUGAGAGAGGCAGAGAGGUUCGUCAUCAGCGACCAACAGUUUCAGGAGUUUCUGGAUAGACACAGCAGCGUCUCUUGCCUUGUUCCUGAGUCUAAUGAGAAGAUGAGGAACUCCUACCUGAUCCUGGAUGAAUAUAUGCGUUUCCUGGACUGCCGAGAGGGAAGGAAGGACCCGUCCAAAUCCAUCCUUGAUGUGGGUGUGAAGGAGGCCAUUUGCUUCAGUGGCUUUGACGAAAAGAUGUUUCUCAAAAGAGGAGGGAAAUAUGUGUGGAGCAAAGCUGAUAUGAAGCUGGAGUGGUGAAAAUCUGCAGCUAGUUUUGAAAUGUUUGCACUGACAAUUUGUACAGUUUGAAAGAUGAAGUUUUUUAUUUUAAGCACUUUUAUAAUUUACCAGACUUCUUAUGCUUGGUGGAAAGUGUUACAACAUGUUGUAUUGAAGGAAUAGUAGAAGUGUUUGUAUAUUUGAAGUAUUGAAAUUGCUAUUUUAUUACUUUAUGUUUUGUUAUUUCAUAGCAACCUCAAAACACAAUGAAGUCAGCUUGUUGCAUGUCAGCCAUUUACAGUCUGAUCUUAAGGUCACAGUUUCAUUUUAUGUUUUCUUGUUAGGGUAGAUGUAGAACUAGUCACACUGGUUUUAGCUUUAGUAAUAUUGUGAGCUGAUUUACAGUAAGUUGAACAGCUGCCUAUGAAUUUUGAUGACCGAAGGGAACCUUGCAAUUCACAAAUUGAGCAAGAACUAGUCUUUAGACAUUGAAUCUUAUUAAACUAAGUGUUUUUUCCUGUUAUCUCAACUUUGGAGACUCUACUUGCUGCCAUUGUUAUAGCAACAUUGUAGAUAACAGGUUCAAAUACAAAUGCAAUGAUAUUGUUUUAUUGUGUCAUUCGUUGGUAAACAGGAAUUUUAUAUGCAAAUAAACUUGAGAGUAGCAACAAUAUUUUAGUGAUUGUCUCAGCAUGUGAAGGACUGUAAAUAAUGCAGUUCCCCUCAGAGACAGUAUGUAUGUCAACAGGAUUUAUGUUUUGAAUUUACUUUUAAUUCACUUUUAAGUCACUUCUUAAAAUCAGUUCUACACAGAGGCAUUCCCUUGUAUUUUUCGUUUAUUAUUUCCUUUUAAUUUUCAUAAUUCUUUCAUAUUUCAUAAUUAUUAAACUCCUUCUCAUAUGUACCUUUUUUUCAGUGCCGAAUAGCUUUGA